GUACACUAUUAAUUAUGCAAUAAACAAAAGAAAUAAAAAGAAAAAGAAAAAUCAAGUGGCAAUUCAGUAAUUUGGCACCCAACAAGCAUUUGAAUAUGUUUGAGAGAGAAAAAAAAAAAAAAAAGAAAAGUAAAGGCUGUGACAAAAGAUUGGAGGACCCAUUUGAAGUCAAAAGGAUUUUUUCUCUCACAAACCCACUGAAGGAGGUUCCACCAAAAGUAGGCCUCUGCCACUCUUUUUCCUUUUUUCUUCCUCCUGCUCCUUACAGUUUGUGAUUGAAGCCACUGCCAGGCCCACAAAACUGGGAGAGCAACGGAAAGAAGGAACUCAUAUCCUCAAACAGCAAAGAAAAGAGAACAUGGAUUCACAAACACAUGGAAUUAUUGGGUUGACAUCUUUUCACAUUUUGCCCAUUUCGGUUCUUUUUUCAGUUUUUUCUCUCUGCUGAGUGCUGAUUCUUAUCUUGCAAUCUCUUCUGAUGGUUUAAUGGGAAGAUCUGGCUCUGGGUUCUCUUGCCCGCUUGGUGUUCGAUGAAAUGCCUCCUCCACUCCAUUGUUUUGGAGGUUCUAUCAAUGGGUUUCUUUACUUUUUUCUGUAAUUGGGAUUGAAAUUUGAAGGACCCUUGAUUCGUUUUUGAGUAACUUUCUCGGAGAACUUUUUGAGUUUCCUGGAAAAUAGUUUCUGCAAAUGGGUUUCUGGUUUCAUUGCCAUAGCUUCUAGCUAGACCUGAUUAUUCUCUCAACUUUGGGAUUGGGAAUCUGUUGAGUUACUAUUCUAUUCUAUUGCUCAUCGAUCUCAUUGGGAAGCUGAUUKAUUGUCUGCGGGUUCUCUUCUCCAAUGGGCAAGAAGAAGGGGUGGUUUUAUUUAGUCAAGAGGCUAUUUGUUUCAGAGGAACAGCCAAAGCCUGAGAAGAAGCAGAAGAGAUGGAAAUGGGUGUUUGGAAGGCUAAAGAACAAGAGAUUAGUCACACUGACAGCGCCAUCGCCACCGAAAGUGGCGAUGAGCCGAGAGGAAGCAGAGGAGGAAGAGGAGAGGAAGCAGGCUCUUUCAGUGGCCAUUGCGAGUACUGCAGCGGCCGAAGCGGCGGUUGCAGCCGCCAAGGCUGCUGUUGAGGUUGUUUGGCUCACAGGGACCCCUCAAUCUCAGCAUCAAGAGGCUGCACAAGAAGCCUUUAAACCUCUCAAGAAGGCCCCUCCAUAUGAUCUCCAUAAACGUGAAAGGGAAAUCCAUGAAUUUGCUGCUAUUACUAUCCAAACUGCUUUCCGUGGCUUCCUUGCAAGGAAAGCAUUGCGAGCACUGAAAGGAAUAGUGAGGCUUCAGGCAAUUAUCAGAGGGAGAGCUGUUAGGCGCCAAGCCAUUGCCACCUUGAAGUGCUUGCAGUCCAUCGUUAGCAUACAAUCUCAAGUCUGUUCAAAUCGACUCCAUCCUUCUCAAAACACAUUCCAUUCUCCUGAAACCAGACAGUUGCAGAGCUUGAAAGAUAGGAUUUUAAAGUUGGAUUCGGACGGUCAAAGGUGGGAUGAUAGCCUAUUAUCAAAAGAAGAGGCGGAUGCCGUGUUCUUGAGUAGGAAAGAAGCAGUGAUCAGGCGAGAGCGAGUCAAGGAAUACUUGUUCGCCCACAGGAGAUCUGCAGAAUCAGAACGAAAGAAGGUAAGAGGAAGAUGGAGAUACUGGCUAGACCAAUGGGUCGAUACCCAACUCUCCAAAAGCAAAGAACUCGAAGAUUUGGACUCCAUUUUCACCUCAAACCCAAAACACAAAGAAACAGACGGAUUCAGCGCAAACCCAACAAAAAACACGGAUCAUCGAGCCACAGAACUCCCCAACCAAUCUCCAUCCCCAAAACCAGUUCUGAGAAAACUCUCUCACCACAAGAAGCAGCAUUCACUGGGGGGCGGCGUGGACUUAAACAACUCAUUUUCAAGCUCCCCGCUCGCGCCCACUUACAUGGCCGCCACAGAAUCUGCAAAGGCAAAGGCCAGGUCCCUGAGCUCGCCGAAGCUAAGGCCGGCGGGGGGUUUGGACACGUGCUCCGAUGGAAACUCGCCGUGCAAGACGAAGCAGCUGUGUUUGGUGUCUUCAACGGCGAGUGAAGUGGCGAUUGGCGGCGGCAGAAGGGGGUUCCAGUUCCAGCAGCAGCAGCGGUCGCCGGGUCUAAAAGGGCUUCCGGGGCCUACGAGAUCGAGCAGAACUCUCAAGGAUUUGAGCAUUGAUUCGGAGCAUUCAUUGCCAAAUUGGGAUGGACGAAGUUCCUUCCAAUGAUCUUUUUUUUUUCUCUUUCUUUUUUUGGCAUAUUUAUGAAAUGCUUACAGAAACAGUUUGUGGUGUUGUGCUCAUAUAUAUCUAAUAAAAAUGUGCUCUCUCUGUUUGUA